AUGCCCAGCCCUAAUCCUACAGAGAAAGUUGAAGAAGUCGAAGAGGAUGUGUUGGAAGUGGUAGACGAAACAAUGCCAAGAACAAAGUCAGCAAACGAGAAAAGGACAUUAAGAACCGUCAUCCCUAAAUAUUGGCAUCCAGACUUGCCCAACAAAACCACCGUGGGCUUUCCAAAUGGCGGAGUUGACUGUUAUCGAAAUGUCGUCUUCCAAAUGAUUCUACACAUGCCGAUUUUCUACAAUUGGCUCCUCUGGUACAAGGAGCACCAUGCCCCUAAGGGUCAAAAUUGUAAUCUAGGCUCAUCGGAAGAAGGUCCCAGCGAAUGCCAAGUUUGCCAACUUGCUGAGAUCUCACAGGCUUACUGGGAAGGUGAAACUGAAAGUUGGAUACCUACAUUUGAAUCCCUAGCACACUCGCUUUUGCAAGAUUGGAAACCGGGGGGAGUAGACUCGGAACAAGACCCGGCAGAGUACUUUGAGGAACUUUUCAAAGCGAUCAGGCAUAGCACCAAGCCUAUGAUGCAUGUUAUUCUCUCCCUAUCCCCCACAGAAGACUGA